AUGGCUGAUUCAACUCCUUUUCUCACCAGUUCCGAUUCUGUUGAGUCCAAACGUCCACCUUCUCUAGAUGAAGCAAUCGAAGAGCGUAUUGGAGAAUUUGGAUGGGCACAAUUUGUUCAAGCCAUCUUUGUAUCCCUAGCUUGGACCUUUGAUGCACAACAAGUAUUCAUCAGUGUCUUCACCGAUGUGGAGCCAAAAUGGCAUUGUGUAAACAGCUCUUGUAACUCUUUUUCCAACAUUUGCAAACUUCCCAAGACGUCAUGGUCAUGGGAUUUACCUCUACACUCAUCGAUUGUAUCUGAAUGGGGUCUGGAGUGUGCGACUUCUCUCGUCAAGGGACUGCCUGCGUCUUCUUUCUUCAUGGGUUGCCUUGUGGGUGGACUUCUUCUAAUCACAGUCGCUGACUCCUCACUGGGCCGCAAAAACGUGAUCUUCCUCUCAUGUUUAGCCAUGUCUGUAUCAGCUCUACUCACUACUUUCUCUACCAAUAUAUGGAUAUACUCAGCUUGGAGAUUUGUUUGCGGAAUCGGCCGUGCGGCGAUUGGAACAUCAGCGCUAGUUUUAUCAACUGAGCUAGUUGGGAAACGAUGGCGAGGCCAGGUAGGGACUCUUGGAUUCUUGUGUUUCACUCUAGGGUUUUUAUCGUUACCAGUUAUAGCUUAUAUAAAUAGAGGUUCUUCAUGGAGAAUUCUNCUGGCUACAUCCAUGACCUCGCAAAAUUUGUUCAAUCAUUUCGUCCAGGGAGUCCAACUCUGUUACUUGAUCAUCCCCUGA